AAGCAAAAUGAAAAGAGAAACAUAAUUGGGUGGUGGUUGUGAAUGGCUUCAAACUCUGCGGCGGAAGGAGUAUCAAUGGGCGACGAUUACGAAGCCUUGAUUGCAACCACCGACGCGGAGCUUCUGAAGCGAGCAUGGCGCAACGAGAAGGCAGCCCCCGAGAUUCUCCGCUACGAAUCUGAUUUGGUUUCCCGCGUCAAGAAAGUCAUUCAAUUCAUGGAAGAAACUGUGGAGGAGAAAUCCAGUGGCGGUACUAAUCCUCUUUCAGUGUCUCUGUAUCAGAUGGACUUGGAUAGAACUCUCUUUCUGUUAAGAUCUUAUCUCAGGAUCCGCAUCCAGAAGAUUGAAAAGUUCGUGUUCCACAUCCAAAAAACUGAAGAACUUUGGAACAGGCUAUCUAAAGACGAGAAAGAUUUUGCCAAAGCGUGUGAAAAUGACCUAAAGCAACAUCUGGAUGAGAGCGUUCUGUUGAAGUUGCCUAAAGAUUAUAAGUCUGUUCUGAGGCAAUCUUCAAUGAGUGAAGAGGAUGACAUGGUCCCAGAACCACAACUAGACACAUUUGUUUUGUGUAGAAGUAAAGAGUAUCUCACGGGCAUUCAGCUCGAAGAUGGACCUGUUGAUGACAGGUCGAAGCUGUUUGAGAUGGAGCCUGGUGUCCUCCACUUCAUAUGUUACAAAUCAAUAUAGGCACUUGUAGAGAGUGGCAAAAUUGAUCUCCUCUGAUAAGUUUACAAUGAUACCUGUGAAAUCCCGGCUACCCUUUAUUCCUAAGGGUUUUUUUCCCCCUACUUUUCAAUUCUGAAGUAUUGAGCUGAUUUAAGAUGUUGUCAAGUAAAACAAUUCCGAACUUAUAGAGGUGCAAAAUUUUGACAUGGUAGUGUCACUUGAAAAAUCAACAUGACAUGAUCUCAUGUUCUAAUGCGCGUUUCUCACUAUUUCGUUAGUAUUCCUUUGAUCUCCUUCUAAAUGUUCUAAAGCGCGUUUCUCAUUCAACGUGGCAAUUCUCAUGGAGAUUGCUCAUUUGGUUCAUAUGGAUAUUGUUGGUAUUAAUUCUUGAUUUAUAACUUUCUCACUACCCUAAAUGAUUAAUGCAUCUCUCCUAAUUCUUGUAUA